UGACCGUACAACUCGAAGUUCACUGAAUCAUCCAAGUCUGGGCAUAACGUCGAUCCAUCCAGAAAGAGCCCUAUCGAGACGUCUUCGUCGAAACGUUCAUACGUUGAUAUCCGUGAAUCUUUAUCCCGCUACCAUGCCUAAUGGUCGACGCCUCUCUGAUCAUGACGAUCUAGGUUCUGAGAACGAAGAGGGCGAGGGGAGCCCAGAAACUUCGCGGGGAGGAAAGGCUCGCAAGACAAGCAACAAUACAGGCGUUUCGGCGCAAGCUAGACGAGACCAGAACCGGAUCGCACAGAGAGAGUUCCGUUUGCGAAAACAACAACAGAUCAAGGAUUUGCAAGCCAGGGUCGAACUGUUGUCCGGCGACCAUGAUGAACGGCAAGAAGCGAUAUCGCUCCUGGUCAAGAACCUGUUGACAGAGAAUGCUCAACUCAGAAAGAUGGUCAAGGACCUCUCGGGUUUCAUCGGAGAAGGUUUGGCGACGUUCCUGCCUAGACUUGGUUUGAAUCAUGAACAGCUCGACGCCUUUGUGAAUCGCCCGGAAACCGCUCCUGCACAUGAAGCGAUGGAGUUGCUUCGCGUCGCCAGGCAGAAGGAAGAGAAUACGGGUACGAAGACGGCGAAGGAGUCCAACUUCGAUGACAUCUUGGGAACUGGGACGAGAGAUGCUAGUCCCUUCGAAGGGUCUAGCCGAAAGCGGGCGGGGCCGGACACGAGUUAUGAUCCAGAGUCCUCGAAGAGGGCCCGGAUGGAUGAGCCAGAGGCCGGCUCUCGUCUAUCUCGAUACAACGAAUAUCCCAUGCACAACGGGGGGACCGAGCAGGACAGCGGACGGCGUCCAACUCUAGAUCCGAUCUCGACGCAGAGUCAACCCGAAGCGAGUUAUGGAGCAGGCGCAUCGAACGGUCAUUCUGCUAUGUCACAAGCUCGGGGCGAAGUCACACCGAGCCGAAGUCCCAACGUCCUUGCGAAUACGGGACAGGCUUUCAUGCUUCCAGAAGGACGUGCACAAGAAGCUAUGCAGCUUAUCGGAUAUCAUCUUACAAACUAUCGCCAAAACAAUUCCUACGUCUUGCCUCCAUCGCUGAGACCGACACCUCUGCAACGAAACCUUGCGCAUGAACAUAUUAUCGACGGCGUCAUCUUCCCCUCCCUUCGAGACAAGCUGAUCUUGCUUCGGGGAAAAUACGACGUAAUCGAGGUUGUCCGAGGCAUGUUUGACGAGUUCACCAUUCCAGGGGAGGAUACCCUGAAUCAUCAUAGCUACGAAGUCAGCGAAAAGUGGCUUAGGGAAAACGUCUGGUUCUGGGACAAGGAAGUGUUGGAGAUCACAAAUGCUUGGAGGGCACGUAGAGGAGAGCCAAUCUUGACUCGUGAAGAUCUGGUCGGCAAGAACGAUCCGUAAUCCUAAUCAGCAAGCAUAUAUGGGUGCGAGCAUAUUUCCUGUCUUGACAAGGAUCUCGAUGGUGAGAAUGUUGUAUUAUAUCAAAUCAGAUCUUGAAACGCCAUUUCACCUCUGAUGCAGGAUUAUCGAAAUAUAUAUAGACGCAGUGA